AUGGACCUCAUCCCAAAUUUGGCGCUGGAAACCUGGGUUCUCCUGGCUGUCAGCCUGGUGCUCCUCUAUCUAUAUGGGACCCGUACACAUGGACUUUUUAAGAGACUGGGAAUUCCAGGGCCCACACCUCUGCCUUUGUUAGGAAAUGUUUUGUCCUAUCGUCAGGGUCUCUGGAAAUUUGACACAAAAUGUUAUAAAAAGUAUGGAAAAAUGUGGGGAACGUAUGAUGGUCAACUCCCUGUGCUGGCCAUCACAGAUCCCGACAUGAUCAAAACAGUGCUAGUGAAAGAAUGUCACUCUGUCUUCACAAAUCGAAGGUCUUUAGGCCCAGUGGGAUUUAUGAAAAGUGCCAUCUCUUUAGCUGAGGAUGAAGAAUGGAAGAGAAUACGGUCAUUGCUGUCUCCAACCUUCACCAGUGGAAAACUCAAGGAGAUGUUCCCCAUCAUUGCCCAGUAUGGAGAUGUACUGGUGAGAAACUUGAGGCGGGAAGCGGAGAAAGGCAAGCCUGUCACCCUGAAAGACAUCUUUGGGGCCUACAGCAUGGAUGUGAUCACUGGCACAUCAUUUGGAGUGAACAUCGACUCUCUCAACAAUCCACAAGACCCCUUUGUGGAAAGCAUUAAGAAGUUCCUAAAAUUUGAUUUCUUAGAUCCAUUAUUUCUCUCAAUAAUACUCUUUCCAUUCCUUACCCCAGUUUUUGAAGCAUUAAAUGUCUCUUUGUUUCCAAAAGAUGCUAUAAAUUUUUUAAAUAAAUCUGUAAACAGAAUGAAGAAAAGUCGCCUCAACGACAAACAAAAGCACCGACCGGAUUUCCUUCAGCUGAUGAUUGACUCCCAGAAUUUGAAAGAAACUGAGUCCCACAAAGCUCUGUCUGAUCUGGAGCUUGUGGCCCAGUCAAUAAUCUUCAUUUUUGCUGGCUAUGAAACCACCAGCAGUGUUCUUUCCUUCACUUUAUAUGAACUGGCCACUCACCCUGAUGUCCAGCAGAAACUGCAGAAGGAGAUUGAUGCAGUUUUGCCCAAUAAGGCACCACCUACCUAUGAUGCCGUGGUACAGAUGGAGUACCUUGACAUGGUGGUGAAUGAAACACUCAGAUUAUUCCCAAUUGCUAUUAGACUUGAGAGGACCUGCAAGAAAGAUGUUGAAAUCAAUGGGGUAUUCAUUCCCAAAGGGGCAAUGGUGGUGAUUCCAACCUAUGCUCUUCACCAUGACCCAAAGCACUGGACAGAGCCUGAGGAGUUCCGCCCUGAAAGGUUCAGUAAGAAGAAGGACAGCAUAGAUCCUUACAUAUACACACCCUUUGGAACUGGACCCAGAAACUGCAUUGGCAUGAGGUUUGCUCUCAUGAACAUGAAACUUGCUCUAAUCAGAGUCCUUCAGAACUUCUCCUUCAAACCUUGUAAAGAAACACAGAUCCCCUUGAAAUUAGGCAUGCAAGGACUUCUUCAACCAGAAAAGCCCAUUGUUCUAAAGGUUGAUUCAAGAGAUGGAACCCUAAGUGGAGAAUGAGUUAUUCUAAGGACUUCUAUUCUUCAAGAAAGCUGCACCCCAGAACACCAGAGAUUUCAAUUUACUUUGUCAAUAAAACCUUGAAAUAAAGAUGGGCUUAAUCUAGUGUACUGCAUGAGUAGUUGGUGAUUUUGUACAUUCAUUGAGCUCUCCCAGUGUCUGUGUAGAGUGUUGUGCAUUAUGUAAUAUAAAGGAGGUGAUCAGAUAAGUGACAGAUAGGUAGACUCAGCUUCUCUGCUUCUCAUAGGACUAUCUCUACCCACCUCUAGCUAGCAUUGUCAACUCCUCCUGAGCUCUCAUCAGAGAAUAAAUAUUUCUCAACAAUUUGAUCCAUAAUUUUUAAGAAAAAUAAGAAUUAUCAUGAUGACUCUAAUAGUGACAUUUAUAUCACAUGUUUUAUUUGUAAUAUUCUAUAAUAAAUUUUAUAUUAAGCGAAGUGAUAAAAUCCCCUUUACAAAAAUAUUAUCUGAUGCCGUCCUGCACACUAAAGAGAAAUCUAUAGAACUGAAUGACUGAAUACCAGCAAAUAAACAUUAUUUAUCGUUGUAAUCACUGUUGGUGUGGGGCCUUUGUCAGAAUUCCAC